GCUGUUUCGCGUCUUCUAUCUGGGAGAGCCGUCCGGCAUCUUUCUCACGAGGAAGCGUCGCUCGGACAGGCGCUCUCCUGGGUUUUCACACGAGUCAAAACAAUGGGAAGAGACGGUCAUCCUCUGUUGAGUGGAGGGAGGAGGGAGGCCGGCUUCAGCCAUGGCUUCUCUGCCGACCAAAUCCAGUCGCUCGCCGCCAUGUGCGAGACUCUCGUCCCUCCCCUCUCGCCGGACAGCAUCGGCGACGACAGCCCCCGCAAUGAGGCCGUGUGCUCUUUCUUCCGAGCUUCCGGGUCUCAGCAUCCGAUCCCUGAUGAGGUUGCAGAGCUUUUGGUGAAGAGGGGUCAGCCCAGAGCUGUGUUUGUUGUGAGCCUAGUCUUGAAGAUUCUGUCUUACAGAUUGGGGACUUUAUUGCUCUGUGGGUUUCUGUGCUUGGACUGGAGAUGGCCCUUUAUUCACAAGUUCCAAGAGAUGCCAUUGGAGAGGAGGGAGAUAGUCCUCAACAGAUGGUCAAGGAAGAAGAAACUGAUCCCUCUGAAAGUUGCCUUCGCAAUGGUCAAACUUUUCUGCUUGUUCAUCUUCUUCUCAAGGACAGAUGAGAACUCCAAGAACCCGUCAUGGGAAGCGAUUGGAUACGAGGUCGACACUCGAGAGAAGCCAGUGAAAUCCAAAAAGGAGAGGCCUCUAGAAAAGGGAAUAAUUGAGACCAUGUAUGAAAACAGCUCAUCCCUCGUUCAGUCUCUGGCAGGAAAAGGGCUCAAAGUCGCGGAAAGUUCUGAAACAAAUAUCUGCAAUAUUAAAUGCGACGCCGUGAUAAUUGGUUCUGGUUGCGGCGGUGGAGUCGCUGCCGCUGUCCUUGCUCAGUCUGGCCAGAAAGUGGUUGUCCUGGAGAAAGGGGAUUAUUUCACGCCGCAGGAUUAUUCUUCCCUGGAGGCACCCUCGCUGAAUCAAAUGUACAAUUCAGGCGGGCUGCUCUCGACCAUCGAUGGGAAGUUCAUGAUCUUCGCGGGGUCCACUGUAGGUGGAGGGUCCGCUGUGAACUGGUCGGCUUCCAUCAAAACCCCAAGUUCUGUACUCCAUGAAUGGUCUGUGGAUCACAAAAUCCCACUUUUCGGAAGCCCUGAGUACUUAACUGCGAUGGACGUCGUGUGCAAAAGAAUUGGCAUUACAGAGAACUGCACCGAGGAAGGCUUCCAGAAUCAAAUUCUUAGAAAAGGGUGUUCAAACCUCGGUUUGGAUGUGGAAUCUGUCCCGAGGAACUCCCCCGAGAGCCAUUACUGUGGCUCGUGCUGCUAUGGUUGUAGAAUGGGAGAGAAGUGUGGUACUGACUCCACAUGGCUUGUUGAUGCUGUUGAGCACGGUGCAGUGAUUUUGACAGGAUGUAAAGCGGACAAACUCAUACUUGAGACCAGCGAUGAUGAGAAGGUGGGCCACAGAUGCUCGGGAGUGGUUGCAACGGUCUCCAGUAGGGACUUUUCUAAGAUGCUCCGCAUUGAGGCCAAGGUGACAAUUUCAGCUUGCGGCUCUCUCUUGACGCCUCCUUUGCUUAUCUCCAGUGGGUUGAAGAAUCCUAACAUAGGCACAAACCUCCACCUUCAUCCAGUUCUACUGGCUUGGGGUUACUUUCCUGACAAUUCAUCUGGUUACAGAGGCAGAGUCUAUGAAGGAGCAAUCAUCAGUUCAAUCCACAAGGUGGUGUCGGAAGAUUCCUCUGAAGUGCAGGCCAUCAUAGAAACUCCGGCUGUCGGGCCCGGUUCAUUCGCCUCGCUGUUCCCAUGGGUAUCGGGGGCUGAAAUGAAGAACAGGAUGGUCAAGUAUCCGAGAACCGCUAAUCUUUUUGCAUUAGUUAGAGACCAGGGCUCAGGAGUCGUCAAAGAGGAAGGUGUAAUCAGUUACAGAGUAAGCCAAAUAGACAAGGAAAAGCUGAAGCUAGGGCUGAGGCAGGCACUGAGGAUCCUUAUUGCGGCUGGUGCUGUCGAAGUCGGCACAUACCGAAGCGACGGGCAGAGAAUCAAAUGCAGAGGGGCUAAGCAAGAGGACAUAGAGGAAUUCCUGGACUCGAUCACUGUCCCUGGAGGGCUGGGAUCGAGCCAGGAGCACUGGACCAUGUACGGCUGCGCACACCAGAUGGGGAGUUGCCGAAUGGGCGCGUCCGUGGAAGCGGGCGCAGUUGACGAGAAUGGUGAGAGUUGGGAGGCAAAAGGCCUGUUUGUGUGCGAUGGGAGCGUGCUCCCAAGCGCCAUUGGAGUGAAUCCCAUGGUCACCAUCCAGUCCACGGCUUAUUGCAUCUCAAAGAGAAUCGCCGAGUCCCUGAGGAAAGAGAAGUUCCCAAGGGUCGGCUAGUUCCGAGCUGUUUCCCUGCCUUUCUCGCCGGAACUAGCGGAUCAUGGUUAGAUGGUGUGAGCUGAAUAAGAACUGUUGCUCCGGCGGCAAGCUCACAGUCAUAGACAGUAGUCCAUUCUUAAAUUUGUAGAUUAGGGAGAUGACAAUGGAUUUGUUACCUCCUGUUCUGGCCUUGAAGUUGGUUUCUAUUCGUGUUUUACUCAAUAAGCAGCAGGAAAUUACAUCAUUCUUUUGGUGCGUUAGAAUGAGAAAUUAGUUGUAUUGUGGUGAUACCUAUCAUGUUUUAUCCCUUGGACAAUGAACUUGAGAAUUACCGAUGGCAAUAGAAUUGAAC